AUGUAUGAGGGCGCCAGACUUGUUGCGCUGAGCUGGUCCGACGUACCUGGCCGACCCCGUGCAAGGAUCUGGAUCCCGGCAUCCAUCAAGGACCAGAUCCUCACCAUGCUGCAGCGCUGCAACCCGCACCUUCCCACCUCGGACUGGCGAGUGGUGAAGGUCGACGAAAUGGAGGGACCAACAAACCAGGCCAUCCUCAUUCUUAACAAGGAGUCCCUAGCUCCCAUUGAGGCCGCUCACGGGGAGCUAAACUUCGGGCUUAGCUCAGUGACCAUAAAGGUCUACAAAUCCGACUCCGCCAAGGGGGAUCAGGAAGGCAGUGGAGAAGUGAUCGAGGAGAUUGCCUCCGAGAUCGAGGCAUCGGAAACCGAGGAUGGCUACUCGACCGAUGCCUAUAUCCUUCGCAGCCUUGCGAACAUGAGUCAAUUGACAGAUCUGGACACAUCGGAUGAGGAGGGAGCCGAUACAACCGUGGUGAAGAGGCCCACAGCAGAUGUCCCAACGGAAGCAACGGAUGGAGCUGCAUCGCAGCUAGCACAACGAGAGCUGCAAGAGGGAGACACACCAGCGACCCCGUUAGACGCGCAAUCGGCGGCGUCAGAGACCCUAGAAAGUCUGGAUUUGGAGCAGUUAUCGCUAGUGGAUGCCGAAAAAGCCACCCUGCAGAAAAUUCGUGACGAAAUAGAUGCAAACAUAGCCGUGUUGCAGAGCAUUUACACAGAAAUCGACGAGGCCAGCAAGAACAAGUCCGUUCGUGCUGGCCAAGCCCAUGACGUCAUCGAAAAUAACAUUGAAAAUGAUGGCAAUGUUAACAUGUGCGCUAACAGCACCAAUGUUAAAGCUAACAGCACCAAAGUGACCAUCACUGCCGAUAACAUUAUCGAGGGAGAUACCAGUGUUGGAAAGGAGAUCGCUAGCAGUGAUGAUCAACGCCAGAGUACAAAUGUAAACAAACUCUUGGAAUCGCCAGCAGCAGCGCUUGCCUUGGCAAAAGAGGUCACUAUGGAGUACGACGGCAGCGUGUGUGUGCGUAAUUGGGUCACACAGUUCCAGAACAUCGGCAAGAUCUACAAUUUGAACGACGGCUGCUUGCAUAAGCUUCUAAUUGCCAAGCUGAAAGGGAGUGCACAACGGUGGCUGCACGCAAACACCACGCGAAUUCUGGAGUCAACCGAUCAGCUGUGUAGGCAGUUAAUUAUGUCAUUUGGGGUCAAAAUGUCAAAAGGAGAAUUGAGGAGCGCAUUCCAAAAGCGGGAAUGGCGUUCAGAGGAGAAAUUUGCGGCUUAUUUCGAGGACAAAAUGAUGCUGGCCAACGACAUCAACAUCGAUCUGGAGGAACUCCUGGAAAACAUUAUCGAGGGAAUUCCGGCACCAGCGCUACGCAAUCAGGCUUGCAUACAGUGCUUUUCCGAACCGAUGCAGGUUUUGAGAGCCUUCUCGGAAGUACGUCUGCCAAAGCACAAGCCUGAUAAUAGUUCGCCAAAACGCCUCUUUGAAGGAGGUCCAACUAAGAAGGAUUUGCGUUGCGCCAACUGCAACUCAAAAGGACACUUCGCCAAGGAGUGCCUGAAGCCAAAGAAAGAGCCCGGAUCCUGCUACGCUUGUGGAGCGUUCGGACACUUCGUCGGACAAUGCCCGGAGCGCAAGAGCGCCAAUAUCAACAAUUAUAAUGCCUCAUAGACACCGGGAGUCCAAUAUCAUUUGCAAAACUAAGCAGUAUAUCCAGUGAAGUCAAUUUAGAGUCUGCUGCUGAAAACUAUUUUGGGCUAAAUAAAAGCCAACUAAUAAUACUCGGAAAAACCUUAUGUUAUAUUACAAAAGAAAGAAUAAAAUGUUAUUUUGAUUUAUACGUAGUUCCAGACGGGUCUAUGAGUCAUAAUGUAAUCCUUGGACGAAAUUUUAUGGAAGCUUGCCAGCUUAAACUGGAUCCAGAUACUUUGGGAAGAAUUACGUUUAACUCAUUAAAUGAGGAAACAGUUAGUACCUUAGACAAUGAUACAGUUAGUAAAACAGUUAGUAAAAGAGUUAGUGAAACAAGUUAUGAAACAGUUAGUAAAACAGUUAGUGAAACAGGUUAUGAAACAGUUAGUAAAACAGUUAGUGAAACAGGUUAUGGAACAGUUAGUAUAGCAGAUAUCGAAACGAGUAGUAAAACAGUUAAUCCUGCAGUUAGUAAAACACUGAACGAAACAGUUAUUUCUUUAGGCAGCGUUACAACGGAUUCCGCACUUAAUCAGAAAUUUUAUAAUACAGUUAUGCCCAGUUAUGAAAAAGCAGUUAGAGAAAUUUUUAGCAUUGAUUACGAAGAGGAUGAGCAAAUGAAUUACAUAUGCGGCGCAGAAAAUGACCGAGCCUUAAGCUGUCAAUUGAAAGAGAUUAUCAAAAGCAACUACUUAGAUGUUAGAAAGCCUACCGAACCUCUAGUCAGAUGUGAAAUAAAACUAUGUUUA